AUGGCCACUCCCGGCAAGGCAAAUAAUACAAGAGUUCGCAAGAGUCCCCCUCAACAGAAUAAAUCUUCGGACCAUGAUAGUAACCUGGAGAUACUGACGGAUGAGCUUGGAAGAGUGAGCUUGUCCGAUGAUCGCACCCAAACCGCAAAGGAUGGAGGGGGUACGACUAUUAGGCGGCCCCAACUUAAGCUUUGGGAGCAGGAGAUCAUCCAAAGCAAUGGAGAGGUCAAACGGAAAGCAACCAUCGCACAAUUAUGUGAGGCCUAUCUUGCUGCUCGAAAGGAACGUCGUGCUAAAUUCGAUCAAGAUACCUCGGCCCGAAAGCUAUCUGGCCCUCAAUACGAGAAGGAGCUCAAGUCUUACCUCGGCCGAGAGCGUGUGAUACUGAGAAAACGAAGGACAAAAUUGAAGGUCGACCAGUUUCAUAUCAUUGCCCAAGUCGGGCAAGGAGGAUAUGGCGAAGUCUUUCUUGCAAGGAAGCAAGACUCUGGCGAAGUUUGUGCAUUGAAGAAGAUGCGUAAAGGAACGUUGAUUAAGAUGGACGAAGCGAGGCAUGUCUUGGUUGAACGAGAUAUCCUGACGGCCACCAAAAGCCCAUGGUUGGUUAGACUGCUAUAUGCUUUCCAAGAUCCUGAAUUUACUUCACAUAGGUACUUAGCUAUGGAAUAUGUACCUGGGGGAGAUUUCCGGACGUUAUUGAACAACUCCGGAGUCCUUAAGGAAGAACAUGCGAGGUUCUAUAUCUCCGAGAUGUUCGUCGCAGUCACAGAACUUCAUCGCCUCGG